ACAAUUGGAGAGAAAGAAACAAAGAAAAGAGUUUUUCUCUCUCUUGGAAUCCAUUGCACAGGUCGUUGCGCGCUCUCGCAUCGGUCCCAACAUCCAUUGCUACGCCUCGUUGCCCUUUCCCUUCACUCACAACCAGCAUUCACCUUCUUCUUCCUCAGAUCUACACUCACCAUCGCUUUCACUUUCAGGUUCCAAUUUGCUGGUUUCUAAUCCAUUUUGUUUCGAUCUCUGUCUGGUGCCCUUCCUUGAAUCUCAUAGGAAUCUUCCCUGAGCUGUCAAAUGGAUGGACCAACUGGUCGCAGCGGCGGUGGCAUGGAUAUGAAUGUACCAAACUAUAAGCUUGGGAAAACCCUUGGCAUUGGUUCAUUUGGGAAAGUGAAAAUUGCGGAACAUGCUUUAACUGGUCAUAAAGUUGCUAUUAAGAUCCUUAACCGCCGAAAGAUAAAAAACUUGGAUAUGGAAGAAAAAGUGAGAAGAGAGAUUAAAAUAUUGAGAUUGUUCAUGCAUCCUCACAUUAUACGGCUCUAUGAGGUUAUAGAGACCCCAUCAGACAUUUAUGUUGUGAUGGAGUAUGUAAAAUCUGGGGAGCUCUUUGACUAUAUUGUAGAAAAGGGAAGGUUGCAGGAGGAUGAAGCCCGUAAUUUUUUCCAACAGAUCAUCUCUGGUGUGGAGUACUGCCACAGGAAUAUGGUAGUUCACAGAGAUCUCAAGCCAGAGAACUUGCUUUUAGACUCUAAAUGCAAUGUGAAGAUUGCUGAUUUUGGUUUGAGCAACAUAAUGCGUGAUGGUCACUUUCUGAAGACAAGUUGUGGGAGUCCCAAUUAUGCUGCCCCAGAGGUCAUCUCCGGGAAAUUAUAUGCUGGACCUGAAGUAGAUGUCUGGAGUUGUGGUGUGAUUUUGUAUGCUCUUCUAUGUGGCACUCUUCCUUUUGACGAUGAAAACAUUCCCAACCUAUUCAAGAAAAUAAAGGGUGGAAUCUAUACUCUUCCAAGUCAUUUAUCAUCUGGUGCUAGAGAACUGAUUCCUAGUAUGCUGGUGGUUGACCCAAUGAAGCGCAUCACGAUCCCCGAGAUUCGCCAGCACCCAUGGUUUCAGGCUCAUCUUCCACGCUAUUUGGCCGUGCCUCCACCUGAUACAAUGCAACAGGCAAAAAAGAUCGAUGAAGACAUUCUUCAGGAGGUUGUAAAGAUGGGAUUUGACAGGAACCAGCUGGUGGAAUCUCUUCGUAACCGAAUUCAAAACGAGGCUACUGUUGCUUAUUAUUUGUUGCUGGACAACCGGUUUCGUGUUUCUAGUGGCUAUCUUGGAGCUGAGUUUCAGGAGACUAUGGAAACUGGAUUCAACCGUAUGCACCCUAGUGAUCCUACAAAUCCUGCUGUAGGACACCGCCUUCCUGGAUAUAUGGAUUAUCAAGGAAUGGGCUUGAGAGCACAGUUUCCUGUUGAGAGGAAGUGGGCUUUGGGAUUACAGUCUCGAGCUCAUCCUCGUGAAAUUAUGACUGAAGUUCUUAAGGCCCUACGGGAGCUUAAUGUGGCUUGGAAGAAGAUUGGGCACUACAAUAUGAAAUGCAGAUGGCUACCUGGAAUUCCAGGCCAUCAUGAAGGCAUGAUCAACAACCCUGUGCAUAGUAAUCAUUACUUUGGGGAUGAGUCUACCAUCAUUGAAAACGACGGAGUUGUAAAAUCGCCGAAUGUUAUUAAGUUUGAAGUACAGCUGUACAAAACACGCGAAGAGAAGUAUUUGCUUGAUCUACAGAGGGUUCAAGGCCCCCAGUUCCUUUUCCUGGAUCUUUGUGCUGCCUUCCUUGCCCAGCUUCGAGUCCUCUAAAAAGCACAUAAUUUCAACUCAUGGGAUGAUGAGCUUGUGAAUGAAGAUUUCACAUGCAUAACUUAUUUAUCAUCUUACAGAAUCUUAGUUCUCCUUCCCUCUUUAGAUGGAUAGUUCAGUCUUGUGUAAAUCUGAUUUUCGGUAGUAGAAGUUGUCGAUCUCGGCAUCCAAUAUUGAUUGGUGAUGCCUGUUACCUUGCCCCUCUUCAUUACCAACAAAAAGGAAAAAAAAAAAUCUAUUUAACUUCUUAUGAAGUGUUGUAAUUUAAAGACAUUCUCGUGUUUCGUAUCUCUUUCGCUUGCAGUUGCUCCUUGGCUGUCGUUUUCUCUU